AUGGGUGCCGCCAGCAGGCCUAAGGAAAGGGACUACCGCCUUCCUUUCAAAAAGGCGAUUGCCAUCUACAACCACAAGACCGGCAGAUACGAAGCCGUCAAUCUUGCAAAGAAGAUGGCAAAGCCAGCAAAGCUCGCGCCAGCAAAGACAGCGAGGUCAACAGCUGUCUCUCGGCCCAAAGUCCAGAAAAGGACUAAGGCUUCCAUGUUCUUCGACAUAUUCCCCCUCUUGAAGCAACCAACCACCACCAAGGGAACACAGAAGACAAAAAAGGAGGCCUGCAGACAAUAA